UAGAAUGGCACAUCGUCAACGAGCUGAGGGUCAGGAUGAACCUAAUUCUAACAAAAAAUUACCAACAGGGGAAAAACGAAGCCAUUAUGAAUACGAAGAUAUGUCAUCUGAUCUGUCUCAAGGGAGAUCUUCAAGUGAAAGCCCGGUCAAUAUACCCGAACGAACAAGCGAUUGGUCUGCAGAUGAAGUGUGUAACGAUCUUCGUGUUACCCUGAAAUACAACGAUGACCCACGUUCGCUUUUUAUUAUUGGAUAUCUUGAAUUGAUUGGGAAAAAUGUCAAACUUAUCGAAUAUAUGAAAAACCACUAUGAAUCCCCGGACCAGGAGUAUAAAACAAAGCAUGACUGUUUCCAGUUUGCUUUUAACACAUGGGACGACAUGGAUAUAAAUGCUGAAUUUAUAAAUGAUAUUGAGGUUUCAAGUGCUAUUAAAAUGAACAAGGUAUUAGACAAACCAUUUGAAAAAUCCACAUUGUAUCAUGAAUUUGUAGAACCAAAAGAAAAGAAACAAGAAACAGAAAACGUAGAACAAUUGCCAUUAAUCAGGAGUAUCUGUCAGAAAAUCUUUGCAAAACUGAAAGUUUUUUCUGACCAGUUGCUGUUUGUUAUGGACAAUAGUGCAAAUCCCUCAGAAAGAAUGUUUCAGGAUUUAUUCAUAGCAUUUGUCCGAAUAUUUGAUCUAAAAAUUUUUGACACAACAAACACUCCAGGGUGCAGUUAUUAUUUCAAUCAUGGAAAGCAUACUGUAACAUCAAUGCCAGAUGCAGUAAUGAGAAGCUACACAGCUGAGAAGGGUUCAAUUACAUCAAAACUAGUGUCAAGAGUUGUUGCUGUUGUUGAGGUAAAAAAGGAGUACAGUAAUUUACUGGACCAGGAUUCUGAUUCAUCACCAGAAGCAAAGAAAAUGAGAUUGAGGAGCAGCACUAUAAUAAAAACAGACAGUAUUGCUGAGCAUGUACAUUCAAGAUUGAAAGGACAACAUAUUGGCGAAAUGUUAGCUGUAACCCAGUCAGCAGCAUCAUUAUUUGAAUUCAAUGGAAUAUUUGGAUUUAUUGUCCAAGGGACAAAGGUAACAUUUGUUUCACUUCAAAGCAGUAAGGAGUAUUUAGACAAUCUUCUUAUAAAGGACAAAACAAAGAAUCUAAGGGCAGAAGUGAGAUACAGUAAAGAAUGUAACUUAUUAUCAAAGGAAGGAAGAAAGGAUCUUAUCCCUGUUUUGUUAGGCAUCGAGAAAUUGUUGAUGCAGACUGUGUGAGUUAAGGUAAAAGAAAUUAAACAAUGAAUUUAGACAGAGAUCAAUUGUCUUUGUGUUAGUUGCUUGAUAAAAACUGCUCUUUAGUAUUAAUUAAGAAAUAAUUGAUGUAAGCAAUACUUUAUUGUAUUUUCAGGGGGAAAAAUUAACGGUUGCCCAGUCGCCAAUGGCUACCAGAAAUUGACCUGGGCAAUCUUUUUACUGAGUCAAUUAUUUUUUUCGCCACCUCUUUUGGCAAAACAGUAUAUUUUUUCGCCACUUUAUUAUUUUUUAUGCCAAGUAAUAUAAUUAUAUUUUUUUAUUUAAAAUUUACCUUUUUUUCGACCCCCCUCCCUUAACAUGCUUAAGUAAGAUGGUUUUUCAAACAACUUUUCAAAAAUGGCGACCGCCAGCAGAAACCCUGGCAUGGUCACACUUUUCAAAGGUGAUAAGUUUUUUUUUUAUACGACCGCAAAAAUUGAAAAUAUUUUUCGUUUCAUAUUGCUAUCAUGUUCGUUAUCGUCAUCGUAGUCUUCUGAAUACUUUCAGUUUUCACACUCUUACUUUAGUAAAAGUGAAUAGAAAUCUAUGAAAUUCAAACUCAAGGUUUAUGACCAUAAAAGGAAGGUUGGGAUUGAUUUUGGGAGUUUUGGUUCAAACAGUUUAGGAAUAACGGGCCCAAAAGGUCCAAAAUUAAACUUUGUUUGAUUUCAUCAAAAAUUGAAUAAUUGGGGUUCUUUGAUAUACCAAAUUUUAAGGUCCAAAGGGUCCAAAAUUAAACUUAGUUUGAUUUUGACAAAAAUUGAAUACUUAGGGUUCUUUGAUAUGCUGAAUCUAAAAAUGUACUUACAUUUUUGAAUUUUGGUCCAGUUUUCAAGUUGGCCCAAAUCGGGGUCCAAAAUCAAACUUUUGUUUGAUUUCAUCAAAAAUUGAAUAAUUGGGGUUCUCAGGUAUGCCGAAUAUAACUGUGUAUGUAGAAUGUUAAUUUUUGGGCCCGUUUUCAAAUUGGUCUUCAUUAAGUUCCAAAGGGUCCAAAAUUAAACUAAGUUUGAUUUUAACAAAAAUUGAAUUAUUGGGCUUCUUUGAUAUGCUAUAUCUAAACAUGUACUUAUAUUUUUGAUUAUGGGCCCAGUUCAAAUCAGGAUCCAAAAUUAUUAUAUUAAUUAUUAUAUAUUGCACACUGGCAAAUGACUGGGAAGCAUCUGUUUUUUUACAUAGCCAGGAUGUUUGUUUACAAUGUGAUUUUGUAUAUUUUAUUAAUUUGAACAUUGAUAUUAUUUUAACCUAAUAAAUUAUAUUGAGCUAAAAUUGUAAAUUCAUGUCACAAUAGUAUAAUAGACGACUUUGAAAUUUGGAAGAAUGAUUUCUAACAUGCAAGUUUAGAAACUUUCUGGUUAGUAAACAUCUUCGCUAGCCAAGGAUUACGAUCCACUCCCGCUCUCUUCACCCUUGGCGGAUUGAGCCAACAUUUGUGAAAACAAUGUUACGCCAUCUGCCGGAACAUUAAAGUCAUGCCCAUUCCGAAUACAUUAUUCUUGACCAAUGGUAGCACUUCAACUCUUCAAUUUGGAGGUAAAAACAUGGUAAUGUCUAGGUUCUACACACUUGGUAAAGCCGGAAACGAAAAUAUACACAAACAUUCAUGCAUUUGUGCACGAAAUAUACACAGGAACUUCUAUUAGUUGAUUAAAAACAUUCAAGUAGUCACUUAAUAUAGUUGUAUGUUUCGGGAUGUAAAGACUUGUUGCACAAUAAACAUGUGGCAAUUGUUUACAAACACUUUCUACAUUU